AUGACUGACCAUGGUUAUAACAACAACAAAGGUGGUGGUGUAAUGCCUUGUCACAACAACCCAAGACGGCUAGCCCACAUUGUCGGACCUCUGAAAAAUACCAGACAAAUAGAGAUAAAACCUGGACUCCUUCAAAUCUUAUAUACUAACCCUUUUGCAGGUUUAGACCAUGAGGAUCCAUACAAUCAUCUUGUCAAGUUUUAUGAGAUCGCUGAUACGCUCGGAGUAACUGAAGCGGAAGAAGAAAAUGUGUUCAUGAGAAUGUUUCCUCAUUCACUGACCGGGAAAGCAAAAGAUUGGUACUUGGACCAACCGGCUCAGAUUAUGACCGAUUGGAACGCACUUGAGGAAACAUUUCUGAACAGGUUCUAUCCACAUAGUAAGUUCAUGGAAGCCAAGAUCGCUAUUGUUGUAUUUUCCCAAGGGUCCAAUGAAACACUUUGCGAAGCAUGGGAGCGGUACAAGUCUAUGUUGAGAAGAUGCCAUAACCAUGAUUUCAAUGAUCUUACUCAAAUUCAUAUGUUCCGCAACGGACUUCAACAUCAAUCAAAACUUUUCUUAGAUGUAGCUGCUGGUGGUUCCUUAAUGUCAAAAGGUGCUGAAGACGCAAUAGCUAUUAUUGAAAAAAUGGCACUUAGCGAUCGUCAAGGUGAAUACAACAUGAAUCCAUCACAAAGGAAGCCAGGAAUCCUUGAACUUGAUACAUCGGAUGCUAUGUUGGCUCAGAACAAGCUUCUUACAAACACUGUGGAAGAACUUUCAAAGCAGAUGUCUAAACUGAUCACCUUGCAGGAAGGAUCAAGUAAAGCCAAGCAAGUUGCAUAUUGUGAGCCGUGUACGGGAGACCAUCCAACAGGUCAUUGUCCUCCAUCAAAUGAGGAAGUGAACUUUAUGGGAAAUCAGCAGAGACAUGGACAGUACCAGAACAACACUGGUUAUCAGAGAUGGAAUAAUUCAAAUUAUGACCAGGGGUGGAGGCAAGGUGCUGGACCGUCUAACAUGCAACAUCAGUAUGAGAACUACAACCAGUAUCCUCCGCAACAAAACCAACAUUACCAUAGUUGCAAUGAUGCCGCAAUGAGAAAUGUGGAGAAUCAACUUGGUCAGAUGGCUAAUAUGCAAGGAGGAACAUUUACUGCCAACACUGAAACUAACCUGAAGGAACGCUGCAAAUCCAUUUCAACUAGGAGCGAUAAAGUGAUUGGUGACAAUUUAGAAACCGAGACAGAUGAUGUUGUUGAGUUGAAAGAAAAACCAGAGGGGGAGAAAGAAGAAAGUGAGAAGGAAAUAGAAGAAAAGAAUAAAGAGGAAGAAUUAGUUGAAAAUGAAAAUGAAAAAAAAGCAAAUGUUGAUAAUGGAGAGGAACAAGGAAAUGAAGAGGUGUUUGAACACAAUGUGGAGAAAUUAUUUAGUGAGGAAGGAACUUGUAUGAAUAGUCCUUAUAAAAUAAAGCUUCCUGACCCACCUGCUCCUACCAAGAAAAUAGUCAUUGAGGAGAAAGUCAUUGAAGAAAAUGAAAAAUUAGAGAAAGUUGUUGUUGAGGUGAAAGAUCAGGAUGAGGGAGAAGAAAAAGAGAAAUUAGUUGAAAAAGAAGAAGAAAAUAACCAAGAGAGGGUUAAAGUUAACAAGGCCGAAAUUGAUGAAGUCGUAGAAUCCUUUCGUGCCUUGUUCAAUCAAAAUCAGCUCGGGAGGACAUGGACUCCACAUCAUCUCUACUUCAAAUUCAUGGAGUUCCUUCCGAACAAAUUGAAGACUAUGGAUGAUGUUCUUUCCGUUUCGUUUUGGCCACCCUAA